CAAACCUUGGUGUCAGUUGAGAAUGGUAACAUGUUCUAAUCUUCAAUCACCUGCUUCUCUCGAACACUCUCUUCUUUCUUCUUCAAUAAUUUUAAAUUCACGUUGGUUCACCUACUUUACACUCAUUUCAUUACUCUCAAAUUUAUAUUCUUUCAUUAUCUUAAUUUUCUUACCAUUCAAGCCCAACCAUGCCCGGUUUAGUAUCCGUCAAGACUCCGCCGGACGUUCCCACUCCCCAGAUCUCCAUCCCCGAGAUCCGACCCGAACAGUCAACACCCACUACUCCACUUCCCCGCCCCAAGCCUCCCUCACCCUCUCCUUCUUCACGAUCAAAGGUGCCCAGUCCUAGCCCCACCCAAACCCGAUCCGGGAACAAAAAGCCUCCUCCCGACGUCAGCGACGCCUCGCUUGACAAUCCGGAUCUCGGUCCUUUCCUUUUGAAACUCGCACGUGACACAAUUGCCUCCGGCGAGGGUCCUACCAAGGCUUUGGACUAUGCCAUCCGAGCUUCGAAGUCUUUCGAGCGAUGCGCGGCGGCCGAAGCCGAGCCGAGCCUGGACUAUGCCAUGAGCCUGCACGUGCUGGCCGCGAUUUAUUGUAGUCUCGGCAAGUUUGACGAAGCUGUACCGGUUUUGGAGCAGGCGAUUUCGGUGCCGGACGCGGCGCGUGGCGCGGAUCACGCGCUGGCAAAAUUUUCGGGGUACAUGCAAUUGGGUGACACGUAUUCGAUGUUGGGUCAAGUGGAUCGGUCCAUUGGUUGUUACGAGGAAGGCUUAAAGAUUCAGAUCGAGGCUUUGGGAGACACGGAUCCCAGAGUUGGAGAAACUUGCAGAUACUUGGCUGAGGCUCAUGUUCAAGCAAUGCAGUUUGAUAAAGCUGAAGAAUUGUGUAAGAGAACUCUUGAAAUUCACCGUGCUCACAGCGAGCCAGCAUCUCUUGAAGAGGCAGCUGACCGCCGACUGAUGGCUCUCAUAUGUGAGGCAAAGGGAGAUUAUGAAGCAGCUCUUGAGCACCUUGUCUUGGCCAGUAUGGCAAUGAUUGCAAAUGGACAAGAUAAUGAGGUUGCUGCUAUUGAUGUUAGCAUUGGCAACAUUUACUUGUCUCUAUGCCGCUUUGAUGAGGCUGUCUUCUCAUACCAGAAGGCGCUCACUGUUUUCAAAUCAUCAAAGGGUGACAAUCAUCCUUCGGUAGCCUCUGUCUUUGUACGCUUGGCUGACCUGUACCAGAAGACUGGAAAGCUCCGUGAGUCAAAAUCCUAUUGUGAAAAUGCACUGAGGAUAUAUGCAAAACCUGUGCCUGGAACUACAACUGAAGAGAUUGCAGGUGGGCUGACGGAAAUUUCAGCCAUUUAUGAGUCUGUGGAUGAGCCUGAGGAGGCACUGAAACUCUUGCAGAAGGCAAUGAAACUAUUGGAGGAUAAACCAGGGCAGCAAAACACCAUAGCUGGAAUCGAAGCUCGCAUGGGAGUGAUGUUUUACAUGGUUGGGAGGUAUGAAGAAGCUAGGAACUCUUUUGAGAGUGCUGUAACAAAACUUAGAUCAAGUGGGGAGAAGAAGUCAGCCUUUUUUGGGGUUGUAUUGAACCAGAUGGGAUUGGCUUGUGUACAGUUGUUCAAGAUAGAUGAGGCUGCUGAAUUGUUUGAAGAAGCAAGGGUGAUACUGGAACAGGAGUGUGGACCAUGUCACCAAGAUACUCUUGGAUUAUAUAGCAAUCUCGCUGCAACAUAUGAUGCUAUGGGGAGAGUAGAAGAUGCCAUUGAGAUCUUGGAGUAUGUCCUUAAAUUGAGAGAAGAAAAGCUGGGAAUCGCGAAUCCUGAUUUUGAGGACGAAAAGAACAGGUUAGCUGAGCUCCUAAAAGAAGCUGGCAGGGCCCGUAAUAGAAAGGCAAAAUCACUCGAAAAUCUCAUUGAUCCGAAUUCAAGGAGGACAAAGAAAGAGGUGACAAAGAGAUGGCCAGGCCUGGGUUUUAGGAUUUGAACAUACACAAAUUAUCCCUAUCAAUUCACUUUCAGACGCUCAGGCUUUGUAACAUAGAAAGAUCAUGUAUAGUGUCAAUUGUCAAAGAUGUAAUUUGGUGAGGUUUCCUGAUUUCCAAGCAUUGAUAUCUGCAUUUGUUUUUAAUUGUUUUAUGGAAUGUCUGUGUUGUGCCUUUGAAAUUAUUGGCUGAGAAGAACAUUCAUCUGAGUGAAUAAAUUUGAGAAGAAUGUUUUGAUCUCUCUGUUUCCACUGCUCAAA